GGAAGGCGUCUUUCGAUCAGGAAAUGGAGGAAUGGUGCACGUUUGUUUAGCUGUAUAAACUAAAAGACGUGCAGUGGCGCAUCGGGUUGUGCGCUCGUGGACUUAUUCAUACACGUUGUUUUACGGUACCCUGGAUGCUGGUGCUAGAGCUGGAGGUGGGAUCCGAACCGAAACGCCUUCUUCUUGCCGCGUUGUCGGGGUCCGCAGGCUGAGAGAGGAUGGAUGAGACCCAGCCGCUGGAAGACCGUUCUCUCGAAAAACAUGAACCUGAGAAGAACGAUGCCAAGGAGAGGGGAGAGCCUCUGGCAAAACUGAGGGUGUUCAAGAACGAUUACUGCCCCGAGACCGAGCUCCCUCUUUACCUUGGAAAUAAUGUGCUGGGUCGUGACCCCACCUCCUGCUCUCUGGUCCUCAGUGCCUCUUCUGUGUCCAAAUGCCAUGCUGUCAUUUCUCUCUCUGUGUUUCCCGGAGACAAAUUCUGCAGUGGCCCAUUCACGGAGGCCCUGCUCUGGGACCUGGGAAGCCUGAAUGGAACACGGAAAGGUCGAUUCCGCCUGACCCCCAAUGUCAGGUAUGCCCUGAGCGAGGGGGAGUACGUGGUGUUGGCUGAUGUGCCCUGCCAGUACGUUCUUGUAGGCGAGGUCACUCCGAGUGGUGAGAAGGACGCUGCAGUAGUGGCAGGAGGCCUCAGAGGAAGAGGCAAACUGAGAGGCAGGGGUCGGCGACGAGGCGCUGAGAGAAAGGGCCAGGAAAAAGGCAGAAGUGAUGGUGAAAAGAACACAAGUGCACAAGAUGGGACGCAGGAAGAGCAGCGAAGAAGUGAAGCCACUACACCAAACCCAGCCAGAACCACAGCUCUGGCACUGGAACAAACUCCAGCACAGCCACAAAAGCUGAUUGAACUUGCAUCGGAGUCCGACACGGACGAUGACGGCAAAGGAAGGAGAGACGACAGGCGGCAGGUCUUAGAAACUGAUUCAGAUUCUCCACAACCCUCUGGUCCCACAUGCUCUACUUUCUUGUCUCCCGCCAACAACGUUGUGCCCGAGAGUGAGGAUGAAAAUCCCGUAACCCCCGCUGUAAAGAAUGUCAGAACUGGGCGAACCCAAAACAGUGGGAAAACGGAGGAGAAGAACCCAGCUGGAUCAAAAAGAACACGCAUGCCGAUGGGUGGCAGUGACUCUGAGGUGCAGGAGAGCUUGAUUCACACAAUGGAGAAGAAAGCCAAUGAAAAUGACACGCAUAUGGAAGAAAACGCCGUUAAUGGCCACCAGUGCGGAAACAUUAAAGUAGAGGGAGGUUCGGAAACGAACGACUGCGGAACCAGUUUGACCGCCAAUGUCCCUGCUCUUGCACAUGAUGCUGGUCCUGCAGUAGAAGGUAAAGGAGAGAAAGAAAAGAACACUUCUCAACAUGAGCCAGUACAAGAUGGUCAUUGCAAAUCAACUGGGGACAUGCCUGCUUUCCAUAUGGACAGUGAUACUGACAUAGAGGGAGAGCAGGAAGUGGGGGAUGUUUCUGGGACUUUGAGGAAUGCUGCAGCCACCAGUGUAACACCCUCAACCCCAACUGACCUCAUAGCUCCUAAAGUUCUUGUUACGCAACCUGAUGAGAUUCGCUUGGACAGUGACACCGAUGUAGAGGACAACGAGGGCAGCUUUCCCACACCCGCGCACGUGUUGGACUCAAGUGCAAAGGGGGUAUCUGCCCCCCAAGUAAUAGCAGCUGUGCUCCAUUUGGACAGCAAUACAGACUCUGAAGGAGUUACAGAAUGUCCUACAAAGUCAGAGCCGGUAGCACACAACAAAUCCACACCAUCCGGAGCCUUGCUUUUGAAACCCCAAGAGCUGGAUUUGGGCAGUGACACAGAUGCUGAGGACGUGGAUGGUCAUCCGCUGGUGAAGUCGCAGAGUAGCCCCCUGGUAGUUCCUGAAGGCCACGGAGCUGCAACCAAACAGCAGCUGGGCUUGGAGAUCCAGUCUGACAGUGACAGCGAAGCAGAGGAGGACUCAACCCACAUGUUUACCCCCCUGGCUACCGCCAAGCUAAACCCGCUGGCUCAGACAAACCCCGAGUUGGCCUCAUCUGUUGCCGCAGCCGUGACACUUGGGCCAAGAUCGGGGCCAAGUGCUGAUACUAGUGUGGAGGACCAGGGUUCUGUGAAGCCAUGCCCAGAAACGCAGCUUCUUCCCAAAAGUGCUGCGAACCCCAUAGACUGUAACCUUGACAGUGAUACAGAUGUGGAGGACGAAGAAGACCAAGCUGUUCAGGGGGUACAGGAGGCCAAUGUCACACCCAAGAUCCUGAGGGUACAGAACUGCUCUACACCUCUCAGUUCAGAUUCUGCUCUGCCAUCUUUGCUGAACCCCAAGCGUUUCACAGAUGACCAGGAUGAGGACAAAGAUGAUGACUUCGUUGUUGCUGAAACCCAAGCAUUUCUGUCUGAUGCUCCAGCUGAAAGUAGACAUGAGACAGAUCCUGUGCUUGAUGCCACCCAGCUGUACGUCCAGGACAGUCCCCAGGCUGUAGAAACCUCUGCAGGUGAAGCUGUGGAGGACCAAGCCACACAGACCUUCUCCUUCCAGAUGGGUCUGUCUAAUAGCAGUCACAAGCUGAGUAUGUCCACCAGGUUGAGCCAUACUUUGGCCUCCAUGGAGGAGCAGGAGGAGGAGAAGGAAGUGGAGGAUUUGGAGGCUGUCCAGAUACACAGAGAUGCUCCUGCCUCUGAAAGAACAGGCUUUGUGGAGACAGAUGGGGACCUAGAGGCCACCCAGGCAUAUGGGGGGCUUCCUCUCCUUGUGUUAAACUCUCCUGGAAGAGUUGAUAGGGGGCAACCUGAGGGAGGUAUGGAGCUGGGGUUUCACUCUGGGGAUCCACAGCAAGUGAAAGACGAGGAAGGUGGAGAAGAGACCCAGGCAAUACAUUUCCAUGCAGACUCCCAUCUCUCCACUGCUGACACUCAGCCUGUCUCUGCUUUUGAAACAAGAGAUAGAGGGCUACAGUUCGAGGAAGAAGAGGCACAGGAGGGAGUAACAGAGCCUCCACCUCAGAACCUUAGGGGGGAGGUAAGAGAAAACGAGGAAGAUGUUCAGCCGAGCAGAAGCAGGAGGGGGAGAAGAGGUGAAGAGGAGGAAGGACAAGGGAAAAGGAUACAGCCUGCAAAGAGAGUGACACGAAGGAGCUCAAGAGCUGAAACAAAGCAAGAACAUCCAAGGAGAGGGAAGGAGUCAGAGGAAGGUACAAGGAGCAACAAAGAGGAAGAUGAGGCUUUUCAGGACCAGUGCAAUGUAACUGAGAAGAGGAAAAGAAGAAGAAACACAAUAAAUCUGCUACAGGAGAAAGAAAACAAUGACAGUGGAGCAGAAUCAGUUGAAGGGAUGGAAAGGGAAGAAAAGAAGAGACUGGACAGUGAGAGGAAAGAAAAAGAAGAAAAAGACAGACUACAGAAAGUGGAGAGAGAGAAUGAAACUAUGGAGAGAGAGGAGCAAACAGAAGAACAGGAAAGGGAAAGUCUGGAGACAGAGAAAAAGGAUCAAGAAGUGCUGGAGAGACAGGAGGGGGAAGAGAACAAACAGCUGAAAGGGGAAGAGAAGGAAAGGGGACAAAAGGAAGGCAACGAAAGAGAAGAAAAAGAACUGCUGGAAGAAGCUAAAAAAGAAGAACGAGGUAAACUGGAGAGGGAAGGAGAGAAACGGGAAGGAAACGAAGGGCUGGAAAGAGAAGAAAAUCCUGGGAAAGACAGUGGAGGAGGGAUUGACAAGGAGGCAAAAGUUGGACAAGGAAAAGAAAAACUGGAAAAAGAGACAAAAGAAGACAAAAGACUGCAGCAUGAAAAUAAACAAGAAAAGAAUCAGAAACUGGAGAAGGAAAAGAAUAAGGAAGGAUCAGAGAAGCAUAAGGAAAAGGAAGCAAAGCAGGAGACCGACAGAAUGUUGGAGAGUGAAAAACAGAAAAGGAAAGAUGAGGGAGCCAGUGAGGAAACGGUGAAACGGGAGAGUGAGAAAGAGCUAAAAGCUUCUACCCGGGGCAGAAGAAAAUCCAGGGCUGCUGCAUCCUCCACCACUGCAGUUAAGGAAACCACAGGUUCUGGCAAGGACAUGGUCGCCAUUGAGCUUGAGCCCAAAACAGACAGGACCAGCUCCAUCGCAUCUGCCAGCUCCACGAUAUGCAACUUCAGCACUGGGAUGCAGAAGAGAGGAAGAGCGAAGAAGAGCCAAGGGAGAUCAGAGCUUGAUCCUGACAAAGUGGAUGUGAGCGCAGAUCGUGCGCAGGGCGGUAGGGGAAGCAGGAGCCAAACAGUCACUGAUUCUGAGCCGAUGAGAAGCGAGACUGAAAUGAUGGUAGUGCAGGAUGGGAAAGCAGCACAGCAUUCGAAAGCAAGCACCAGCAAGGGUGUAAACAGGGACCACAAAGGUUGUGAUCCCGUUACAGCGGCUGCGGUGGACCCAGCAAGCACCCCUGUGCUGGUAAAACGAAGCAGAGGGGGAAACAAGAGUGAGAAGUUGAGUGAUUUGGAGAGCGCAGCCUCUGAGCCAGACCAAACUGCUCAGAGCAGCAAGGUGGAGGGUUCUAAACCCACUGGUAGACAAAGAUGCAGAAAGAGGGGUUUAGAAGAAGACACAGAGGAGAAAGAAGAGGAUGCCCCUUCCAGAAUGGUCAGGGCCAGAAGGAUAUCCCAGAAACCUGGUAAAAUGCUAGGUGAGAAGGCUGAGGAGAUUGAGAAGACUGAAGAAAGUGAAAGAGAGAAAGGCCGGCCUUCUACAUCACUUAGGAAAGGAAGACCUUCCAUUGCGAAAAAGGUCCAACCGGGGGUGGAGGCUCGGGAUGAGACAAAAGAAGAGGAGACCGGUAUGGUUUCUUUGCAACGGAAGGUCCGAGAGUGGCACAGACCUACUCGAGAGAAGAAUGAGAGUGGGGAGAAAAGGGCCCUGGAGGAAGAACAGAACAAGGAAACUGCUCUGGGCACAAGUUCAGAAGAUGUGGUCAAGAAUUGCGAAAAGACGGAGGUUCCACAAACUCCCCCAACUAGGAAUUCGCGAAAACGCACGUCGGCCAACGAGUCCCCUGCAACACCGAAGAUGGCUCGCCGCAGCCCUGGACAUGCUGUUUCCACUCUUGGUACUGUGGACCAAAAUACUUAUAAGGUUUUAUUCACCGGUUUGACGGAUGAUCAGGGAGAAACGACUGUGUUGCGCCUGGGGGGUAGCAUGGCGAAGGGCGUGAGUGACAUGACCCACCUGGUUACAGACAAGGUGCGACGUACAGUGAAAUUCCUGUGUGCUGUGGCCCGUGGGAUACCUGUGGUCACCACUGCUUGGUUAGAGAAGUGUGGCAAGAGUGCUGCUUUCCUUUCACCAAGUGCCUUCCUGGUAAAAGAUGUUGAGCAGGAAAAGAAGUUCAAUUUCUGCUUAGAGGAAUCCCUGCGCGUGGCCCGUGCCCAGCCGCUCCUGCAGGGCUAUGAGAUCCACGUGACCCGCUCUGUGAAACCGGAGCCAUCCCAGAUGAAGGACAUCAUCUCCUGCAGUGGAGCUCGAUACCUGCCCAAGAUGCCCACUGUUCAAAAGCUAAAGACGGUGGUGAUUUCCUGUGAGGAGGAUGCCUCUCUCUGCGGACCGGCCCUGUCCGCCUCUCUCCCCGUUCUUAGUGCCGAGUUCCUGCUCUCCGGGAUCCUUCAGCAGAAGGUGGACCUUGUUACACAUGCCCUCACUGGCCCUUGCUUCGAAGCAAAGUCAGCUCCUAGGGGAAGAAACCGGAAGUAAAUGACUGAAUGAUACAGAUGGGCCCUUUGUGAAAUAGAUUAUGCAAAUUUUACCUUAGCUUUUUACCAUUAUUUUUUUCCAUACAUACUAGAUAUUUAAUGUUUUAUAAUGACAAACUUGCACAAAAACAUUGUGGCUGGUCCUAAACUGUAAUCAUUGCUAACUGAUUGUGAAGAUCGUAUUAAAUAAGGCUUUCUUCCCUAUGUUUCCACUGUUCCAUUGGAGGAAAGAUCAAGGACCCCCUCUGAGAUACAACUGUAAUUUCUGCCCGAAUCGUAAAUGAAUAAACUUUUUUGUACUAAAACCUUUGGGUGAGCAUUGAAAGCUUGCUUGUGUGCUGAAAAA